AUGGCAGUGCGACGCGCUGCCCACGCCAGCAGCUGGUACAGCAACGACCCAAGCGAAUUGACGCAGCUGUUCGACCGUUUCCUGGCGAAAGCGGAAAAAACAGAGGAGAACGUGAUCGCGCUCGUCUGCCCGCGGCGUGUGUUCGUCCUCGGUCCUUCGCACCACAUCUACCUGCCGGGCUGCGCUCUCCCUCCCCCCUCUGUUCGCGCGUAUGCCACGCCGCUUGGCGAAAUUCCUCUCGAUGCGGAAGUUCUUGAGGCGCUGCGCACUCAAAACGUGUUUGAGACGAUUGCGCUCCGCGACGAUGAAGAGGAGCAUUCGAUCGAGAUGCAGUUGCCCUUCCUCCGCUACGUUCUUCGAGGCCAAACGUUCACUCUCGUCCCAAUCGUCGUCGGAGACCUUCGCCGCUCCGGCCACGUAGCCGUCGACUUCUGCCACUGGGGUCGGCGGUUCCGCUACACCUACCUCCCGCCGGCGCCCGCUUCGCUGCCUAUCUACGAGCGCAUUCGCAUUCUUGACAAAGAGGGGGCAAAUACAAUUGAGCAGCAAGACCCCGCAGCCUUCCAGGAGUACUACGAGGAAACCGGAAACACCAUUUGCGGCCACAACCCAAUCUCGAUUUUCCUACACCUCUUGGAAGAGAGCGGCAUGCCGCGAUCUGCGUUCAAGACGAAACUGCUGCAUUACAGCCAGUCGUCUCAGGUGGAGCAUGAAUCGUCGUCGUCCGUCUCCUACGCUGCGUUCGCCUCCUCGCUCCUUCCCUAG